AUCAAUGGAAUACUCUCGAUGGUACAUGGAAUAAGCGAUUUAUACAAGCAGGAAAAGAGCUAUUAGACUUAACGUUAGGGGAAGCUUUUGAAAGUAAGCUCCAAGUUCAAAUCACUUACGAGAAGGAAACACUUCUUACAUUUGAUGAAUCAGGUAAAUUCUUUGGAAGGCAACUGCGCUUACCAUACAAUAAGGAGGCAACCUCUUCAGAUGAUAAACGUGCUUUUGAUAGCACUUUAGAUUCAGAUUUAAUUUCCCCUGUGGGGGCAAAGAAGAUCAAAUCCUGUAAAGGAGAUGUGAAUGUCGAGAAAGCUAACGGCGACAGCGCUAUAAAAAUGACUUCAACUGCGUAUCAACAAUUUACGAAUAAAUAUCAAAAAAUUCCAAAAGAAGAUAAAUGGACUUUGUCAACCGAAAAAAUUGUUGAAGAUGCAUUAUACGUGUUUGGAAUGAAAUGCUCACACGAACACUAUGCAUCAUCAAAUAGAAAAAAUUCACAACGGGUGGUUGCAUCAACAGAUUCGAUGAAAAGAAAGGCAAUGGGUCGGCGCGGAGAUUUAAUAAUCCGGAAAUGGCAUACUGAAUAUGGGUGUAGCGAAGCUGGAAAAAUAUUUGAAGGAAUCAAUGGUACAAAGAUUAUUAAAGAAGGUGGUUUGAAAAUGCCCAAAAUGCUUAGAGAUAUGUUCAUUGAUCUUUGCAAAACUAUGGAAAUGCGGAAGAAUAAAAUUAGAAGGCUGGAAACAGUCGGAUAUCACUGUUGCGAUUGGAUUUACCAGCGGGGCAUGUCUGUAGAUUGUCACGGACACGGCUUUUUGAGAUGCCAACUCAAAUCUCUGAAUUCGGCAAUAGUGAAAAAUGUAAUCAAACUAAUGGAGGAAGAGGAUCUGACGGAAGAAGAACAGCUUAAGAUGUUACAGAACUGUGAUGAAAGUGGUUUUACGACACCACCACCUAGAUUACAAUUAAUGUCAAGCUCUGUGACGCCAGAAAGUAAACGAAUGAAUAAGAAUGAUGAAGAGUGA